UUCUGGACAUGAAUGAAUCAUGGACGAAACGAACCUUCACAUUCACAUGAACUUAAUUAAAAUUUUUUAAUUUUUACUUCUGCUAUAUUUUAUUAAUUUUAUCUUAAAAUCGAAUAUAAUUCAUUGUUCUCAUGUGUUGAUUAUAUCGUUGUAUAAUGGAAUAGUGACCAAUUGUUUGUUUAAUAAACAUCGAUAAUACAAUACAGUUAUUUCUUAUUUGAUGUUUGCGAAGGCAAGUUGAUUCUAUUCAAAUUACAGUAUUGUGUACUAAGCAAAAAGUGGUUUGGUUGAGGUUUGCAAGAUAAACUCCAAUUAGACAGUUCAAUUAGAUCAAAUAAUUUGAAUACUAUAUUUAUGUAAAUUUUAUCAACAAGAGUUUCAUCAUAAUCAUCAUUAUUCUGUGAUCUGAUGGAAGAUGACUUGACAUUGAUGAGUGAUGGCUAAUCCAAGAUGGACGGAGACAUCAGUGCCGCGCAGUCUGCCAGAACGAGUUGCGCAGUUGUACUACGCGCAUGGCCUCUUCUGCGCAACACAUCCCUACAUCGUCAUAUUCCUCGCCCUCUCACUCACCCUGCUCUGCUGUUACCCACUGCUGAGUCUACCACUGCCAGGCAAUGUGCCACAGCAGUAUGCAAGCCACGGCAACCAGACACUCACCGAUGCACCGCGAUGGCUCCAGGCCUCCAGUCCUGUCUGCUAUGUACAACAGGUUGUGAUGAAAGCAGCUGUCUCUCCCUGGUCCGAUGACUUCCUACUGACCGAUGCCUACCGGGCGCCUCUUGCCGAGGUCUUCAGUCUGGUCGAGGUCAUUCAGAACUACCAGCAUGAAAACAGUUCACUGACUCUCUCGGACGUGUGCUUUCACGUGGAGAGCGCCCGCAGCAAGAAGGAUCGGCUGCUGCUGCCAGAGUACGGCUGUCUGCUGCUGUCGCCCGCCAACUUCUGGCGGCAGGACUUGCAUCGCUUCACCGGCGACACCAACCUCAUCUCCACCAUCUACAGUUACCAGAACUUCCAGAAAGGCAAAGUGAGUCUUUCGGAAAUGCUAUUCGGUUUGAAUAUGAAGGACACGGGCAUCAAACGGUAUCCUCUACGCAAACGGCAAAGAAUCAUCCAGUUUGCUGUUACAAUUGUGUUCCGCCAUUACGAUAAACAAUUCAUUGACGGCCUCCACGACCGGCUGGCCCGCCUCUACCCACUGCAUCAGAAGUCGGAUCAAGGAGGCAGUGGCAGUGGCAACAGCAGCGACGACGACCCUAACCAAGAUGGUAGUGACGGGGGAGGGGGCUCGCUGCACAUCUACUAUCCGGGCGAAUUUGACUACGCUGAGUUGGCACCACUGAGUGGCAUCUACGCUCUCCUCUUUGCCUACGUCUACUUCUUUCUUAGGAAGAUCGAGCUUGUCAGAUCCAAGGUAGGCAUUGCGUUGAGCGCAGUGAUGACAGUGGUUUCAUCUCUCCUUGUCACUCUGGGAAUCUGCUUCUUCUUCGGCCUUGAACUGGCUGGAUGUGGGCGCGGAACAGAGGGCAUCCUACUGCAGAUGUUCCCCUACCUGGUGGUGACAGUGGGCUUCGAGAACGUGAUUGUGCUGACCAAGUCGGUGGUGACGACGGCGCCGCAUCUCGACGUCAAGAUCCGCAUCGCGCAGGGCCUCAGCCGCGAGGGCUGGUCCAUCACAAAGACGCUGCUCAUCGAGGUCACCAUUUUCACUGUCGGACUGCUCACGCUGGUCCCUGACAUUCAGGAAUUCUGUAUAUUCGCAAUAGUGGGUUCGCUGGUUGACUUUUUCCUGCAGAUCUUCCUUUACACAACGAUCCUGGGUUUGGACAUCCGACAGCAGGCUGACUCGCCUGUCGAGCCCACCUCCUAUUCCUCGUUGCAACUCAGAUACAACAGCACAAGCACGUCUCCGCUGAACGGACACACUGGCAUGUCGCGCUCUCGUUCGCAUCCGCGCCUCAACAGCCACAGCAGCACGGGUGCCUCGGGUGGCGUCGGAGGCGGGAGCGCCGGCGGUGGUGGCGACGCCGUGGGCGCCAAGAUCCCCAAACGCCUCAAACUGGCCAACUUUUGGGCGCGCACCCGAUUCGUGCAGCAUGCAUUCAUGGUGUGCAUGUGCAUGUGGAUUGGCGGCAUCCUCUACAACGCUGGUAUGCUGCACACGUUCACUACGGGCGCCGAAGGCGGCGGAGGACAGGAUAUUGGAAAACCGUUGGGUGUGACCCCAGCGACCAGGGACCCGCGAGUUUCCAGAUUCAAGCCUACCAUCCCCGAGGAUCCCGAGCACCGAGCCACCAUCUUGGAAAUGGAGAAGAAAUUUCUAGCCUCGCAGAAGCACUCUUACAAGCAGUUGAAAGACGACUCGGACCUAGCACAACUGAAACCUAGCGGCUGGGAGCCGUGGCAGCGCGUCUCGCCGCACCACUGGUCGGCUGUGCUGGCUCUGCACAACAGCAGUCACCUGCACCACGUGGCCAGCUCACCCACCUACGUCACACUGCUGCCCGCCAUUCGGUUGGCGACUGUCGUCACGCCGCAGCGCGCACAACACCUGCGCAACCCCUUCGAGAAGCAGCUGCCGCCACUGCAGUGGCAGUCGCUAGCACUGGCCCUGGAUCCCCUGGACUCGCUGACCGGCGCGGGUCCCGCCCAAAUGCCGUCGAAAACAAGUCCAAGCCCGCUGUUGCCCAGUUCUCCAAUGGAGCUCUUCCUCGCCAUGCUCCUAUGUCUCACCAGUAUUAUGGUCGUAUCCUACACAGUGCUUGUCUUGUACAGAUGCAUCUGUUCGCGUAACUAUGCCGAAUGGCGCUCCAGUUGGUCGCCAUCAGAGGGAGUCGGCGAAGAGGGUGCGGGGACGGAGGAUGUGGUCCUGGAAGCGGUACCACUGGUGCUCAGCGACAGCAGCGGUCCACAACAGCAGGUGGAGUGCGUGGCAAGCGACGGCAUUGGGCUGGUGGUGAGUGUGUGCUUGGCGGGCGAAGUGCGCUGCUGGGAUGCGGCCACCGGUGAACUGCUGCAAACUGUGAGGAGGACCAACCACUUCCGGGGGGGCCACGCAGAUGACCUGGAGGAGGAGGCUGAGGCUGAGUGUGCCAGAAAUCAAAACAUGGAAUCCGACGAUGACCACUUGUACCAGGAAUUGGCUGCGGUGACAAUGAGCCACCACAACCACAACUCGUCAUCCAUGGUGGUGCGCAACCGACACCACAAGGCUCACCACUGGGAUCUGCCCGAUCUCACCUCAACCAUCAACACCAACUUCACUGCUUUCACCCACAACCAAACAAACUAUGGUUCCAACUUCAGUGAAGCUGGUUUAGUGCGGUCAACCUCUGUUGGCUCCAAUUAUAGUGAAAGUGAUUUAGUGCGGUCAACCUCUGUUGGCUCCAACUAUAGUGAUGGUGGUGGGGGAAGUGGGGAAGCUGGGACAUCAAGUGUUGAAGAUAGGACAUUGUCAGCUGGUGACCAAACCAUCAAUGAUAAACGGGGUGUGGGCGGGAAAAGUGAAGUGGUGGGGGCAAGUAGGCGGGGCUUCGACUUUGGACCGCUUGUCAGAAGUGCGUACGAGGACUUUGAGAGAGACAGAGAGCGGCGCAAGGAAGUGGGAGGAGAUGAGUGUAAGUGUGGCGCGAAGGCCAAGUGCGGGAGGAGAACGUUGGGUGGUAGGAGUGGGGUUAAAGUAAUGGGGGGAAAGAGUGAAGUCAGGAGGGGUAAGGAGGAGGAAGAGUUGGAGAACUCGCCGAUUUGGUGCAUCGACUGUCAGGAUAGCUUGGUGGUGGUCGGAUGUGCCGACGGGCGGAUGGAGUUUUGGUGUGCUAACACCGGUCAACUCAAGUUUGUGAGUGACGCAUCAGAGGGCGCCGGCCUGACGUGUGUGAAGCUGGUGGCGAUGGGGAGCAGUAAUCACGUGGUGGCAGCCCGGCUGAACGGCUCGCUUGACAUCUACUCGCUAGCUUGGCGUCGCGGCGCUCAUACCACACUUCACAGGCGCACACACAUCAGAACAGGCAGUGCCGACUCGCCGCUUGAUUGGACGGGAGCAGGAGUGUUGGCGGGUGGUGGAGUGGGAGGGGCGGUUGAUGGGACGAGUGGUGGGGAGGAGAGUCAGCUGUUCAGCGUGGCGAGAACGAGCAGUACGCGUGCGCACCAGCAGCCAAUCACAGUGCUCGAUGUUGAGGGUGGGCGGGUGCUUACCGGCAGUCAGGAUCACACGCUAAAGGUGAUGAGCCUGCUGGACCAGGUGAUAGUGUACACACUGCACGGCCACUGCGGGCCAAUCACGGCGCUAUUCAUCGACGCGAUCACGCCCAGUACGGCCGGGUCGGCCAGUCAGGACGGCAUGCUCUGCGUCUGGGACCUGCUCACCGGUGCAUGUAUGUACAGCCUGCAAGCUCAUGACGGCUGUGUGACAGCGCUGACCUAUUCGGUGAGCUACAUCAUCAGUCUGGGCGCCGACGAGCGCCUGUGCGUGUGGGAGCGAUUCCAGGGACAUCUACUCAACACUAUCCAAGUUAGCCAAACCUAUUGCACAAGUAUGGUGAUGUUAACACACAACCUUCUCAUCACUUCAAAGCAGGGCUCGCUAGUCGUUUGGGACGUACGAUCUGGUGAACCUGUGCGCAUAGUGAAGCUGGGCUAUGCCGACAAUUGUCUGUUUGUACAGCAUUUGGUGCCUUUGCGCAUGCGCAACAGUGUUGUCUGCGACUACGGAAGUCAACUGCGCAUCGUACGCUUUCCUCUCGUCUAGAGUAUGAAUGAAGUUCGUUGUUCAUUGAUAAGUUUACUUCUCGUUCUUAUGUUUUUAUGAUAAGUUGACCUACUUGUUCUUUGAUAAGUUGGCCUACUCAUUCAUUGAUGAGUUGACUUCUCUCAUUAUUCAGUUAGUUGUUAUCAAUUAUUGCAAUCUUGUUUUUAUUCUUUUGCAGUUGAAAUUCGAAAAAAAUUUAGAAUCUUUUGUAGGUUUCAUUGAUAAGAUGACUGCAUCUAAUUAUCGAGUUAAAUGUUUACAGUUGUGUAAUUUCGUUUCUCUCGCAGUUUAAAAUUAAAAAGAAAAACUUGAGAAUCUGUUAGUAGGCUUCAUUAAGUUACUGAGUUAUUUGUUAACACUCUUGCAGUUUCGUUUUUCCAAGUAGUUGAAAAUUAAAAACGUUUGUUAUUUUAAAUGUCAGAUCGCGAUGUGGGAUUCAAUCUGUUCGAAUCUAGCUCCGCUCCAUUGUUAAUUCUAGUUCGUUGUUUUCAUAGUUUUUCAGUCAUUCUCUAUAACUGAGUUGUUAUCAAUUUUUCAGUGAUACGUUGUCUUCUUGGAGUUUUCUCUUAUUUUGAAUAAUCUUCCAUUUAUUUCUUUACUGCAAUUUCAUUUUUUCUUUUAGUCAAUAAAUAGGAGAGACGUUCGAUAAGAGAUUUUACACUAUACAUUAGAUAAAAUCCAAUGUGUCAAAAAAAUCAACAAUGGCCGAAUGAGCAAGAAUAAUGAUACUUUUUUAUUGCUUCUAUUGGUGGGGAGUCCCUGAUGGAGUGCAUAUAAUAAUUUAAGCCGUCAAUUGGCCUCACGACUUACAUAUCAGCCGGGACAGACAAUUUAACCUGCCCAUCCGAUAACACGGGCACAGAGACAAUACAUAAUGGAAAGUCGGCUAGAAUCUUGACGCAAAAAUCCGCCAUCUUGAAAGAAAGUUCAGCAUCGUAUGUAAUAGACGGGAGGUUCGGAUCACUUUACCGAUCCGGGUCAAUCGGUCUCGUUCACUGCCGCGACCCAAUCGAAAGACGCGGAUAGCGAUAGAGUAUUGGUGACAUGUAAAAAGCAUUGGUUGGAUAGGCGUUUGAUUGAUACUUUUCAUUCUGUAUGUAUUCUGUGACCCGGGUGUGAUCUUAACCUAGCGCCGCAGUGCAGGAUGGUUUCUCACAGCUUGGCGUUGUUGUCAUUUGAGAUGGGUGUCUGGCUUGGAAGUGUUUCGGCCGCAUUGCAGGAUGACUGUUAACGGUCGCCGUAAGAUCAACAGCUGGGUUUUUCGUUAUUUUUCGUGAUAGAGAAAUUCUGAUUGCAGAUUCGUUCUCAGCGACCCCAAGUUUAGCCUGAAGGCUCAGAAUGUCAACAAUGUUUUUAAAUAAUUAAAAAUCAUCAUGAAAAGUCAUUAAUAUGGUAGUACACCACGUUUCUGGAAACUUUUUACUGGUGACUGGAGUUAUUAUUGAUUAUAAGUAACACAAAAAUCAAAAUAAUCGUGAGAAAGAAAACUGCUGAUGAACGCGAAUAAGACCGCCACUCCAUUGUUCUACUGUCUCGGCUGCUUGGCUGAGCCUGGCUGGAGGGAUCAAAUAACCGACUGGAUUGAUCUUUCGUCUGUCCGCUAGGCGGAACUACGCCGACCAUUGCUGGGUGGAAGAUGUUUCUGCGGCCGCUCCUCGCAUUCCCACCAACGCUGCUAUUAUUUGCUGUCUCAGCGCCUAGUCCGAGUCAGACAAGCAUCCAGCCUACACUGCGGAGCUAGCUAUAGUUCUUUGGUUCUUAUCCGUGAUUGAACCCGGGACCUCAAAAUUGAUUUCUGAUCUGGAUGUUGAUGAUACAUUUUCAAUCUUUGAACGACCAUUUUUGCUAUUUUUCCACAAAUAUUGUAUUACGAUAAUUGUUUUUUCAUCUUCUUUUAUCAUAAUUGAUACAUCUUCCAGUCUUUGAACUACUAUUUUUGCAAUUUUUCCACAAAUACGGUAUUCCAUCGUCUAGAAAAAUGAUGUUUGUCUCUAAUUUGCAUUAUCUUUUUCCUUCACCUUGUUCAUAACUUUCAAUCUUCAAUUAAACAGUGGACUAUAUACGGCGAGGUAGAACACCCUUGGGUCUCCCCACCAUUGAAAGCCAUACGCUAAUAAUAAUUAAUAAACUAUAUAGUGCGAUUCAUGUUACAAAGUCAGCUCCUUUGUAUAAUAGGUGCUGCUAGCCUUGUAUAUCAUUGGACAAAGAGAUAGUUCUAUACUUUUUCAACUCCGUAACGUUGCAAAAUGAAAAAAUACGCUAUGAAAAAAUAUAAUGUACUAACAAAAUAUUCUCAAUUAAGAAAAUGUAUUAUUAAAAAUAUUGAAAAAAUGCUAACGAAUAAAGUGUAAUAAUUGAUAAUCACAGUAUUAACAAGAAUCAACACUUAAUAUUAUCUGAUAUACAGGGAUGACUUGAAUCAUGCUAUUUACUCAUUAUAACGUGAAUCCAACUAUAGACAAGAGGUGUUUCAUCAUUUCACAUUGUAUACUUUCCUAUAAUAAAUUCACUUCAAACGUUCACCAUUAUUACAUGAAUGACAUCAAUGCUCCACAUUCAUUCAAUGCUGACAGUUACUCACUAUAGUGUGU